AUGUUCUUGAGAUCGGUUCGUGGGUUUUCGGUUAGUGCAACGGCACGUUCAUCCUACGAGCACAAUGUGAGAAACACCGUCUCCCAUAUUCACAGCUUGUACCGGGAACAAACACCGAUUUCGAUGGUCACCGCGUACGAUUACAUGACAUCGAGGAUGAAUGACGCCGCAGGAGUCGAUAUCACGCUCGUGGGCGACUCGCUAGCCAACACAACCUUGGGGUACCGAGAUACGAAUGAGUUGAGUCUAGAGGAGAUGUUGUUCCACGUGAGAUCGGUGCGGCGCGGCAGCGCAAGGGCGUUGUUGGUUGCCGAUAUGCCGUUUGGAUCAUUUGAAACGUCGCUUGAACAGGCUACGGAGACCUCGAUCAAGCUCGUCAAGGCUGGUGUGCAAGCAGUCAAGAUCGAAGGGGGCGACGACCGGAUUCUCGCGACGAUCGAAAAACUCCUCUCGGUGGGGAUCCCCGUGAUGGGGCAUUUGGGGUUGACGCCGCAACGACACAACGCCAUGGGCGGCUACCGGCUUCAAGGAGCAAGCGUCGAAAGCGCAGAAGCAAUCUUGCAAGCAGCCCACAACUUGCAAGACGCAGGGGUGUUUUCCAUGGUUUUAGAGUGUAUUCCUACGCAAUUGGCCAAGAUCAUCACCCAGUCGCUAGAUGUCCCCACCAUUGGCAUUGGAGCUGGACAUUUCACCUCGGGACAAGUGCUCGUCAACGCCGACCUCUUGGGCAUGCAGCUGGGCCCCGUGCCGCGAUUCGCUCACAAAUACGCCAACUUUUUUGACAUUGGUGUGCAAGGGUUGAAAGAGUACACGGAGCAGGUGAAAAAUAGAAGCUUUCCUACCCCGGAUCACGGGUACAAGAUUAAAAAGGACGUUUUAGAAAAACUCAAGGAGAACAUAAGCAUGAAGUUGUGA